AAACACAUACGGUGAAAUGCAAAUAGCUGUUUAGCGUAUCAUACAUUUACAAAUCAAUACUUCAAGAGUAAUUUGUUAAGUUGGAUAACAAUCGAAGAGAAGUUGUAAUUCUCUUGUUUUCCCUUGAUUGGGAGUUGCAAUCUCAUUAUGACUGUAACUGUUACUGCUUGAAUUAAGUUUGAGGAUGGAAUGUUGUUGAAUUUAGUUCAGAGUUGAGGGCAUUUCGGAAAUGGCGGAGCGCCGCCGGCUAAUCCUUAGGAAUUUCCUCUCACCGGAAAUCUGCAAGGAAUUGGAGUUCAUACACAAAAGCUGUUGCACAAUUGGGUACAGGCCCAAUGUCUUCUCCACCACUCUCUCCCAUCUCAUCGCCACCAACUCUCCCCAUCUCAUCAUGCCCUUCGUCCCCAUUCGAGAGAGGUUGAAGGAAAAAGUGGAGGAAUAUUUUGGAUGUGAGUACGAAUUGUUUGUGGAGUUCACUGGGCUCAUUAGCUGGUGCAAGGGAGCUAGCAUUGGAUGGCAUAGUGAUGACAACAGAGAUCAUCUCAAACAAAGGGAUUUCUCGAGCUGUUGGAAGAGUACAUAUAACGAAUUUGGAAAUAGAUUGAGUUGCAUUUCGGACUCAACACUGUGUCUGGGAACCAUUGCAUAUACUGAAGUUAAGGCUGUUUGCUACUUGAAUAAUUAUGAGGUGGAUUUCCUAGGAGGUCUGUUUCACUUCCAGGAUGGGGAACCCUCAACAAUUGCACCUAUGGCUGGGGAUGUUGUAAUAUACACAGCAGAUGAAAGAAAUAUUCACUCUGUUAGUGAGAUUAGUGAAGGAGAAAGAAUUACCCUUGCUUUGUGGUUUAGCCGUGAUGCUUCUCAUGAUGAGGAUGCUAAUCUCCUAAAAUCUCUUUCCAACUGUUCGCUAAGCAGUCACAUCUGCUCGAUUGCAUCUUGUUUUCCUAUGCUAGCAUCAAGUAAUAUGUACUGGUUUCCUCCUGAAGAAGCUUCAAGAUUCCAGACAGGAUUCAACAUAUGCUCUGCAAGAUUAUAUACUCUUGGAUUCAAUGUUUGUUUCUCCGACAACCCUGACAAAGAAUGUCACCUCGCAGCAAGAGAUUCAUGUUCCAUAUAUCUGAAAUUAUUGGAGGAGCCUUUGAAUUUGACAUAUGGAGAUGAAUUAGUAACAAGGGGAUUUGUCAACAUAUUGCAUGCCCUUCAGGUGGUACAGUUUUACUAUUGGAAGGCUUCAGAGUUGGAGACGACUGAAUCUAUCGAUACAGUGCCGCUGUCUGAAUUGCAGCAACAGACGAUUACUCGCCUGAGAGCCGUGCUUCUCAAGGAUCUUCAACUCGCAGAAACACUUGUCGGAUGUAUCAACGGUAGCAUCUCGCAAAGGCCACUCGAGAGGUUAAGGUACAGUUUUUCUGCUGUAGUUUGUGAGUGGGAAGCUUAUACCUUAAAGCUGCGCAAUGAACUUGUUAUGAGCUUACCAUUUUGGAGAGCACAUCAUUUUAUUUUCUCCACAGCUAAUCUUCAUUGAAAAUUCACUUUUAACUACAGUGGUUUUACACUUGGAAAAUGACUCCACUUGAUAGUUCAUCAUCUUCAAAUAGUCCAAGUUACUAUUUGGCAUGUUUUUUCAAGACUCGGGUGGUAAAUAGUAUUCAAUCUCAUCCGUUAAUCUUGUUUGUUUUAA